UAGGCGGAGGAGAGUUUGCACCACGCGCCAUGAUGGGUUAACAGCAACUCGACUCCACAACCAGAGAAUUUUUGACAACCAGUCUCAAGACGGAAGUACAGCCAGAAGAAGUCCCAAAUUUGAGAACAGGACAGCGGCAGGAGAUGGGAGCAAGCUAAGGACUCCACGGACGCGUUGGGCGCUAAGACGCGUCGUCAAACGAGGCUCGUGACUUGCAGCAGCUCGCCACAUUCACACUUACCGUCACCACGACCGGUCUUGCAUAACGCUUUGCUCACUGUACAUCAUAGGCUAGACAUUACUCUGAACGAUGGCGACAGAUCCGUCGGUGCCGAUUGUAGUCGACAAUGGUACCGGUUUCGUCAAGGUGGGUUAUGCAGGGUCCAACUUUCCCGAACAUGUAUUCCCAUCCAUCGUCGGCCGUCCAAUUCUGCGAGCCGAGGAGCGAGUUGGGACAGCAGUGAUCAAGGACAUUAUGAUCGGUGACGAAGCUGCAGCGAACCGCAACUACCUGCAGGUCACACAGCCCAUGGAGCACGGCAUCGUGCGCAACUGGGAGGACAUGAAGCUCCUCUGGGACUACACUUUUGACGAGAAGUUGCGCGUCAACACACAAGGCCGCAAGGUGCUCCUCACCGAGCCCCCGAUGAACCCCAAGGCGAACCGGCAGCGCAUGUGCCAGGUCAUGUUCGAGGAUUACGGCUUCCAGGGCGUGUACGUCGCGAUUCAGGCGGUGCUGACGCUAUAUGCGCAGGGUCUCACAACGGGUGUCGUGGUGGACUCUGGAGACGGUGUUACACACAUUGUCCCGGUCUAUGAUGGUUUCGCAAUGCCACAUCUGACUCACCGACUGGAUAUUGCUGGACGAGACGUGACACGCUAUCUGAUCAAGCUGCUGCUCAUGCGCGGAUACGCCUUCAACCGGACAGCUGAUUUUGAGACUGUGCGGGAGAUCAAAGAGAAGUUAUGCUACGUCAGUUAUGACCUCGACCUUGACACGCGGCUAUCAGAAGAAACGACUGUGCUUGUAGAGACCUAUACGCUUCCGGACGGCCGAGUGAUCAAGAUCGGUUCAGAGCGGUUCGAGGCACCAGAAUGUAUGUUCCAACCACAGCUGGUCGACGUUGAGCAACCGGGCGUGGCAGAGAUGCUCUUUGAAACAAUCCAGGCGGCAGCUCUUGACGUCCGCGCCGAGCUCUACAAGCACAUCGUACUAUCUGGCGGGUCCAGCAUGUACCCCGGGUUGCCAAGUCGUCUCGAAAAGGAGAUGAAGCAGCUCUACCUCACACGGGUACUCAACAUGGAUCCAUCUCGGUUGAACAAAUUCAAGAUCCGCAUCGAAGACCCCCCGCGCCGGAAACAUAUGGUCUUUCUCGGCGGCGCGGUUCUCGCAGAUAUCAUGAAGAAUCGCGAAGAAUUCUGGAUAACGCGCGAGGAGUGGUUCGAGCAGGGCGUGCGCGCUCUGGACAAACUCGGCCGCGGAGAGGCGUAAGAAAUUGUCCCGCGGAUGUACAAUACAUAGCGAUGCUAGCAGGAUGAUUAAUGCGUAGACGGUGCCCGAUGUAGGGCGUGGAUGAAGGCAUAUCAGCACCAUUAUCUUGUAAUCUAUCGGUUUCUCUGAACGAGCGCGCGCGCAACGGUGAUGAUGAAUGAGCGAG